GACGAAACCGAGCGUUUUAAAUGUAAAUCUUAUUAUUCUAGAUGACCGGGUAACAAACAACGCAAACAGCCCAAAUUUGUUUAAAAUUUUCUAUCUGUUGAACAAUGCAAAUAGCAGAAGAAAAAUAAAAAAUACCAGUACCAAUAAAAAAACUUUGACGAAGUUUGCGUCCUAAUAAAUAUACGCGAUCGUAAGGUUUAAAGCUGAAAAAUAUCACCAUAGGAUUUUCAAAUUUCUUAUCAAAAGUAAUUGUCAUCUUUUAGAUAAUUUCUCCAUACUUCCAUAACAAACAAAGCAAGGAAUUUCCAAGAGUUAAAACAGAAAGUGGAAUACUUAAAUAUAGCAUAAUAGAAGCAUUUAACUCAAGCUGAAAUUUAUCAAGAAGAGUAGGUAAGAAGAGACUUGAAUAAAGCAAAAAGAAGCGGUAGCUUGGAGAACUUCUGCGAGAGUAUAUCCUCUAUACCCAGCAGCCAGAAUACGCAAAGCAUUAGCUAAAGAUACAGUAGAAAUAAAAUGAUACUAAAGCUAGAAGAUAAUCAUACACCAAUAAUGAAAAGGAACGAGUAAUGGAUGGUCCUUCUCAGAACACACUUUCCAGACUCAACUACAGAAAUUACAACAAGCAAUGGGGAAAACCCAAGCCCAGACAAAGAUACCUGACUCUUAGCUAAAUAGAUAAUCAGCUAUAAUUCGCUAGAGUAGGCAACUACUCCUUUGGGAAAUUCAAAUCACCAGGAAUAGAUGGUCAUGAGAGAAAGCCUUACAUUGGCAUAAAUACCAAAGUCAUGGAGAAGAGCCUUAGUGAAAUUUAUUCCCAAACCCGAAAAAAGAUUACACAGUAGCUAAAUCUUUCAGGCUGCUAAGUUUAACAUCCUUCAACCGAUAACCACAUAAGAACAACUAAUAGGAACAAGGAAUACCCCUCUACACUUCGCACAGCAUGGGAAGAUCAACCAAUACAACAUUGUAUCAAUUAUCAGAAAUUCUAAAGGACGCAAUCGACAACAAAAAGGUCACUAUAUCACAAUAUGCGCUUUCUUAGAUAUUGAAGGAGUUUCGACAAUACCUCUCAUAGAAGAACCGAUUCGAAAUUGGAUCGGCUUCAUACUUAACAACAAGCAGAUAGUUGCAGACAAAGAAACAUUCCAUUUGAAGACCACAAAUGGGUGCCCCCAAGGAGAAGUACCAUCGCCACUCCUAUGGAGCUUGGUAGUAGAUGAUCUGCUAAAGCUCCUUACAGACAAUAGCAUAAAAUGUCAAGGAUAAACCAUUGUAAUAAUAGCAGUGAGCAAAAAGAUACAUGAGAGUAUAUGAUAAGUAAAGCGACAAGGUCAAUAAUGGUAUGCAAAAGAUUAACAGGGAAAACAUGGGGGUGCACCCCCAAAAACUGCACUGGUUGUAUACCAUAAUAAUAAAACCGUACUCCCUUGUGUGGUACACAGAUGGUUCCAAGACUACCGAUGGGAUAGGCGCGGGGGUCACUGGACCCAGAAUUAAGGUAUCGAUUCCUAUGGGGAAAUACCCAAGUAUAUUCCAGGCAGAAGUGUUUGCCAAUACAAUAUGUGCAGAGCUCAUUCUCAAAAGGAAAAUGGUUGACCACCAUAUAGUAAUUUGCAGCGAUAGCCAAGCCCCGUUGAAAGCAAUAUCGUCAUGUAUAAUUAAAUCAUAUAGGGACAUUGCACACUGCGUAAGCCCAUGUACAGGCUUGGAGUAUGCUCCGAUGAAAUUUGUCGGUUCUGUGAGCUACUACCAGAAACAUCGGUGCACUUUAUAUUUGAAUGCGGAGCUGUCGCAAGAAGACACAAAACCAAGGAGUCAUUCAGCCGCAGGAGAACUACAUUAAAUCAAUCAUCCCCUCUAGCCUGAACACUUUCAUAAGGGCAUUAGGUCUGGUAGAAAUAAUUUGAGGAAAUCGGAAGGUACAAUAGACCACCGGUCUCAGUGCAUAUCCUUUUUACUAAUCUAUCUAUCUAUCUAUCUAUCUACCAUACUUCCAUCCGUUACUUAAAAAUGUCACUAUACCUUUGAAACGAAGUCAUGUUGUUACAAAAAAACUGCUCCCUCACAAUGAUGAAAGAAA